AUGAGAUAUACUUUAGUAUUUGGUCUGCUCCAGACCCUGGCGUAUCAAGUCUCGGCCGUCGACUUGGACAUUACCCAGCCAGACUCUGUCAAAGAAGCUGCCGCUACGAUUGCUUGGGGUCUAGUAAAAUAUUACACAGGAAACAACACUGGAGAUGUGCCAGGCAAUCUUCCUGAUCCAUACUAUUGGUGGCAAUGCGGUGCCAUGUUUGGUUCAUUACUGGACUACUGGUCAUAUACUGGAGAUGAUUCCUAUAAUAACAUCACAUACCAAGCCAUGUGGCAUCAAAGAGGAGAUGACUACGACUACAUGCCAGACAACCAGACCAGAUCGCUAGGAAACGACGACCAAGGCUUCUGGGCAUUGACUGCCAUGUCGGCAGCCGAACUCAACUUUACUAACCCGCCAGACGACGAGCCUGGUUGGCUGGGUUUGACCCAGGCCGUGUUCAACGAGUACGUUGAACGAUGGAACGAAGCCACCGAUACUUGCGGUGGAGGCCUAAGGUGGCAAAUUUUCACUUUCAACAAUGGAUACAAUUACAAAAACUCCAUCUCCAACGGAUGUUUCUUCAAUAUUGCCUCGCGGCUGGCACGCUACACUGGCAACGACACGUACAGGGAAUGGGCCGACAAGAUUUUCGACUGGGAGCUCAACGUUGGAUUUAUCUCAGAUACCUGGGAGGUCCGCGAUGGUGCUGGCAAUGCAGGAGAGGCCAACUGUACUGAAAUCAACGGAGCCCUGUUCUCGUACAAUGCGGGCAUCUUUUUGCACGGAGCAGCCUACAUGUACAACCUGACCGAGACGGACACGUGGAAAACCCGGGUCGAGUCGUUGACCAACAGUAUUGCAACCACCUUCUUUACCGACGGCAUCAUGUGGGAGCUGCCGUGCGAGGCGACGGCCACGUCCUGUAACAAUGAUCAGCGCAUGUUCAAGGGCUUCCUGUCGCGAUGGAUGGCUGGAGCGGCCAAGCUCGCUCCGACUGUCUACGAUACCAUUAUGCCGCUGCUGCAGACGACGGCGGUUGCUGCAGCAGAGCAUUGCGUGAGUCACACUUCGGGAUUCAAAGGCCACGCAGGAACAGCCUGUACCUUUAGUUGGUACGACGAUUCGACAUAUGAGGACAGUACUGGUGUGGGAGAGCAGAUGAAUGCCAUGUCCGUCAUAUAUGCCAUGCUGGUUGAUGACGCCAUCACGCCAUACACAACGACAACGGGUGGAUCGUCGUCAAGUAACGUUGACGGUGGCACGAGUGCCUCGACUAAAUAUCAGUACCUCAGAGAUAUCACAACGGCAGACAAGGUCGGUGCCGGAUUUGUGACGACCAUCAUCAUGGCCUGUCUGGUCGCAGCCUUGGUUUUUAUGAAUUUAGACUAG